AUUUUGUAACCAAGUAUAGUCGCUUCAGCUGAGAGCACUCGUAGCUUGCAUUUAAAGGCCCUAUGCACUCUUUCUUGAACCCAAACGUUUCUUGAUCCACAGCGAUAUGCAUACCUUAGGGUGUGACCUGAUAAGGCGUAUCAUGUGAGAGUAUCGAGGACACUGCCUUCCUCACUGGUUAUACAACGCCGCGAUAAGGACCCUUUCAUGCGACUGGGAGCCCUCGCUCAGAACGAAAAGGUCCAGGGGCAAUCUAGCAGACGUGUGCGCUGAUGUUAGCGCUCCCCCCAGUCUCGUCUUGACACCUCGGAAAGCGAUGGCCACGGACCUCAAGGAGUUCGUGCACAGCGUUGUCGAGGCAAACUCGCAGGACCUCUGGGAACUUAGUCGCUUCGUGUGGGAGCAUCCGGAGCUCGCUUUUAGUGAGGUGCAAUGCCACGACUGGCUCACGGACUUUCUGGAACGACGCGGCUUCACGGUGACCCGUCGCUACCUGCUGGACACGGCCUUCAGGGCAGAAUUCGACGCUCCAGGAGGGCAAGAAGGUCCUUGCGUGGUCUUGCUGUGCGAGUACGAUGCCCUUCCCGAUAUAGGCCACGCUUGCGGACACAAUCUGAUCGCCGAGUCGUCCGUGGGCGCAGCUCUGGCUGUGGUUGAGGCCAUGAAGAAGUACAGGGACAUUCGCGGGAAAGUGGUAGUACUGGGCACGCCGGCUGAGGAAAGCCACUGCGGCAAGGAGCCGUUGAUACGAAAGGGCGCCCUAAGUGGAGUCGACGCUGCUAUCAUGGCACAUCCUGCGCCAUUUGACGUCGUGGCUAUCGGCUUCGCUGCGACGCAGAAGCUGAUAGUCCGCUUCAAAGGCAAAUCAGCUCACGCCGGUGCGAGGCCGUGGGAAGGACUGAACGCCCUGGAUGCUGCCGUCGCUGCAUACGUCAACGUUAGCGUCCUCCGACAACAGCUGAAGCCAACCGCUAGGAUCCACGGUGUGAUCACCGAAGGCGGCAAGUCUCCGAACGUGAUCCCCGAGAUGACGGAGAUGAUCUUCAAUGUCCGGGCUCUCAACUCCAAGGAACUGAUCGAGCUGCGGCGGAGAGUGGAGGCCUGCUUUCGAGCGGCCGCGGAAGCCACGGGCUGCUCUGUGGACUUGGAACGGAAGACGUCGUACAUGAACGUCGUGCACAACGUCGCCAUCGGGGAGACCUACCGGAAGCACGCCCGCGCUUUCGGCGUGUCCUUCCUGGACGACGACGGGAAGAACGUGGCACCCUUGGGAGGUGCCACCGACUGCGGCAACGUGUCGUACCGGGUGCCGGCCAUCCAUCCGCUGUUCGGGCUACGCGCCGACAAGGGUUCGGCCAACCACACGCGAGGUUUCACCGCCAUAGCCAACGCCGUGGACUCCCAGCAGCCCACUUUGCUGGUGGCCAAGGUGCUGGCACUGACGGCGCUCGAUCUGCUCAGGGACGCCGAGCUGUUGGAUGAAGCCAAGCGGGAGUUUGAAGCUCUGAAGCUGCCGCCGGAAGAGAGCUGCAAGCCGCGCUGCAAUGAACUGAAUCAGAAUAGUCACGUUAAUAAACAGUGA